GUUCGGUAGAUCAAUUGUGGAAAUCCAUCCUGCCCUUGCUGUCACACCAAACAGGAUUCCAUAAUGGAUCCAGAUGAGGGGCAGAGCACAGCUCCCAACAAGUCAAGAACGCCCGGUAUCAAAUAUGAUAUCUUCGCGCCGUUCCAAAAGGCCAACGCCGAAAAGAUCUGCAUGGAGCCUUUCGAGUACACUAGGUCUCUUCCCGGCAAGAACACCGUUGGUAAGGUUAUCGCGAGCUUGCGGCCUUGGCUGAAUAUUUCCGACCAUUCUGCAGCGGUCCUUACGGACGUCAUGACUAUGUUGCAGAAUGCAUCUUUGAUGCUAGAUGAUAUUGAAGACCGUUCUCAACUUCGACGUGGUGAACCCGCGGCGCACGUUAAAUAUGGCUUGAGUCAAACAAUCAACAGCACUACGUAUAUUGCUGCCAAGGCUUUCUCCGAGGUUCAGACCCAUCUACGGCCAGAUUGUGCCAAAGUCCUGUCUGAGGAGCUCCAAACUCUCACGUUAGGCCAAGCGCUCGAUCUCAACUGGACAUUCCAUAGACAGUGCCCCAGCGUGCAAGAGUACCUUGUCAUGAUUGACCACAAGACUGGAGGUUUCUUCCGCCUGCUGCUUCGGAUCAUGGAAGUGGAAGCCAAUGCCACGCCGAACGAGGAGCUACAUCAUUUGAUUACUCUGCUGGGGCGAUACUACCAAAUUCGAGAUGAUUACCAGAAUUUAGUUUCUGAUGAGUAUACCGCCAAGAAGGGCUUCUGCGAUGAUCUUUCCGAGGGAAAGUUUUCGUUUCCGCUUAUCCAUCUGCUCGAGCAUAGUCCCAAUGCCAGUAUGCUACACAAACAGAUCUUUGACCGGCAACCUGAGGACAAGGGGGAGAUCUCUGAGGAGACAAAGUCGUAUAUCAUUUCACAAAUGAAGGAAAUAGGUAGCUUGGAGUAUACGCGGGAGGUUCUGGAUGGCCUCUUUGAUUCAAUAUGGAAGACAGUAGAGAAGGUCGAAGAGGUCAUGGGAGACAAUAUGUGGCUCAAGGCUCUCUGCACGAUAUUGAAGCUGUGACAGAGCGGUGGGGAAUGCUCUACGACUCAGGGUUGGCAACUCAUCUAUGGGUGCGUACGUAUCUAAUCCUGUUGACACGACUGGACAUACAUGUACUAAGUGACAAGGGUAUGGACACGGCCCUAAUCAUAAUCAGUGCAAUGAAGUCUCGCUCCCUGUCCCCAUCCUCCAGGGCCGAUAGCAGAGUAGUGCAGGUUUACAGAAUGUAUCAUCAGGCAUAGAAGAAAGGAAGGAGAAAGGAAAAGUGAAGAAAGAAGACCGGGACGAGAGCUACCAUGGGUGCUAAUAUGAUCAUUUAAAUAUACACCAACGCCAAACAUCACCGCGCUCGACUCGCAAUAUCUCGCGCUACAUAGAUCUGCCCAUAUAAGUCCGUCACAUCGACAAAUGUGCGCACGAUGC